GUCUCUUUGACAUAUUCAUCAGCGAAAUGUCAUCUCUAUCAGAUAUAACAUCAUCAACGUACAGUUUGAGAGAUAGCAGCAAAUCAACCAUACUAAAUUCCAAGGGAUAUCGACAUAUACCUGACAAUGUCCUCCUGAUAAUUUUUUCAUAUUUCAACCAGGACGAAGUCGUCAAAAAUCUCAUGCCAGUUUCUCAACAAUGGCGUUCUGUCGCUGAGCACCCAAGCCUUCGGAAAACUCUGAAAUUUUCCGGCAUUGCCAGAGAUACUGCCGAGAUAUGCGAGAGGAUAUGGCGAUACAAUCAAGCUCAAACCAUCCACGUGAGAAGAAUCUGUGAGCCUGUGGAUGUCCUUAGGCAAAUCUGCAGAUGCAGCGAAAACCUCAAGCAUCUCACUCUGAGGCAUUGCCCCCAAAUUUUCGAAGAUUCCUUGAGGCAUUUGCUCCUCACCUGUAAGAACUUGGAAAGUCUAGAUUUGAAAGGUACCCCAUUCAGAGCUUUGAUAUUCUAUGAAGAGCUAGUAUUGGCUCAAAGCCUAUCUUGUGUAAAUUUCAGCGAGAAUCCUUAUUUGCUGCCAUCGAAUAUCGCUACGAUUAUUUUGAAUUGUCGAAAGCUGACUGGUUUCCACUUGUCUUCCUUCAAACCAAUCAACAAAAUCAACUUGACGGACUCCGACUGUUACUUUAUCCUGUCCCAUACUGUCCUCAAACUGAAUAGCCUCACUCUAGACUGUUCAACGCUGAGUACAUACAGCUUCCCAUCGAUUAUGAGGAGCAAAUAUCUGAAAUAUCUCUGCCUCAACUACGCUUAUAACUUUGACAGUAGUGAUUUUCAAGAUAUGUGGAAGAGUUUGAAGAAUCUUACAUCUUUGAAGAUCAGAUUCGCACGACAAUUGACGGAUAAGAGCGUGAAGACACUGUUUAUGGAGGGAAAGAAGGUUAUGUCGAAACUAGAGGCGUUGGAUCUCACAGGAUGUUCUGGUCUGAAGGACCAAGGCGUAAUUGCCAUCGCUCAAUGUUGUUCUGGGCUGAAAAGCUUGGUGUUGAGGAGCUGUAAGAAUGUUUCUGACAUUGGAGUUGUGUUCAAGAGGUGCCAGGCUUUGGAAGUUCUGAAUAUAGCUUUUUGUAGCCAGUUGAGGUUUGGAUCAACGAUGAUGCCGAAAAAUUUGAAGAUUCUGUUCAUCAGCGAUGAUAUCCAGCUGAGGAAUUUCGUUGAUCUCUUGAGAACGAAAGGUAAAACAGUCGCUGUCAAGUUGUGUGAAUCAGAAUACAAUAAAAAUUAUUCGAACAUCUAGACAUUUUUGAUGAU